ACUUACCUCUGCUUUUUUAUGACUGCCACUUCCCUCUUUCAUUUCCUUUCCUCUCAUCACCCCAGUCAACUUCCUUUCUUCCACAAUUCCAUCCCUUCUCUCUCUCCCCCUUACAAUUCACUCUAACUGUUUCAACUCCGUACAGAAAAAAAAGCUUUUAUAUUUAUUGCCCACGGCUGCUCCUAUACAAAUUCUUGACCUCAUUCCCACCUUUAAUCAAAACCCUUGUUUUCCAGAGAAGCUAAGGAAACUUACAUACUCCUCUUUUAUUCUUCUUCAGUUGGAAAGCUGGUUUUCUCAUUUUUUUAAAAAAAAUUUCCAAAAAGGUAUGAUCAGAUAAGCAUACUCACAUUAAUCAUGUGGAUGAUGGGAUACAGCGACGGCGGCGGAGAUUUUAACACCAUCCAGGACCCCUUCAACGGCCGCAAACUCCGCCCCCUCAUCCCCCGCCCCGCCUCUUGCCUCUCCCGCAUCCAUGGCGCCGACUUUUUCGCCCUCAAUCACCAUCUCGCAAUGGCGGAGCAAGGGAAGAGAGAUCUGGCGACGCAGCAAGUGGUGGUGAGCUCGCGGUGGAACCCGACGCCGGAGCAGCUGCAGACGCUGGAGGAGCUGUACCGGCGGGGGACGCGGACGCCGACGGCGGAGCAAAUCCAGCACAUCACGACGGAGCUCCGGCGAUACGGGAAGAUCGAGGGGAAGAACGUGUUCUACUGGUUCCAGAACCACAAGGCGAGGGAGAGGCAGAAGCGGCGCCGCCAGCUGGAGUCGUUUCCCGACGAGCAGGAAAACGGAGAGAAGAGAGAAGCGGCAGCAAAUACGACACUAUUUGAAGUUGAACACUCCAAGGACGACUGGCCAUCUCCUACUCACUCUACUACACCACCUGCUUCUGCUGCUGCUGCUCAGAAAAGUGGAGAGGCAGAGGCAGAAUGUAAAGCAGAUAAUGGAUGGGUACAGUUCGAUGAGGAGGCAGAGCUACAACGGAGAAGGAAUGCCACGUUGCAGAUGAUGAAUUUGUCUUGUUCUUCCUCUUCUUCAUCUUCUGCUGCCCCCACUCCCACUAUUCCUUCUACACUUGCUACUAUGCAAUUCAACCCUCAAGAUUUCUUCAACAUUUUCUUCCAAUCCUACGCCUCCUCCUCCUCCUCCGCCGCCGACGCACAGACCCUCCAGCUCUUCCCCCUUCAGAGCGACACCGACUGCCACCGCCAGGAUAUUGAGGAUGCUGUUUCCCUCAAUAAUAUUGCUACCCAUGUUGCCCCUUUCCAGUUUUUCGAAUUCCUUCCUUUAAAGAAUUGAAAAUUAGGGUUUUGUCGAAAUUGAACUUAAUUUGCUUGUCAAUUUAUGUGAUGGUAAUGUAUUAUGCUAUGAUGAUAUGCAAUGGAAUUUGUGCUUCUUUCUUGGUUUUGUUUUAUGUCACAUUUUGCUAUACACUAUUAA